CGCUGCGCGUCAUCUUAUCAGGAAGAGACGCCUCACUUCCAGAGAGCGGAGUAAGAAGCAAUGCUCCAUGCUGGAUGAUCAACAAGUCUCUGAGAUUUCAACAUAACAAUCAUUUUUGUCAGCGUAAUAUGCCUGACGACAUGGCGAGGCCAUUAAUCCGUAGCAGAGGUGAAGGAUCAGGGUGCAGACAUCUGGAAGCGUCCGUGGCUGAAGCAGACGCUCCAGUGAUCGGCGUUCUGGGCACGGGGGACUUCUCACGCUCGCUGGCGAGGAGGUUGGUGGCGUCUGGCUACCAAGUUGUGGUGGGGAGUCGAACCCCCAAACGCUCUGCGGCAUUGUUCCCUGAAGAGGCGGAGGUGACCUCCCAGAUGGAGGCAGCCAGUCAGGCAGACCUGGUCUUUGUCGCCGUGUUCCCCGAGCACCACUCCACACUGCUGCAGCUGAAGCCGGCGCUGGCUGGAAAGACGCUGGUGGACGUCAGCAACGGUUUGAGAAUCAACCGAGACGAGCCCUCCAACGCCGAACAGCUGGCCGACCUGUUUCCAGAGAGUUCUGUGGUCAAAGGGUUUAACACCAUAUCAGCCUGGACGCUCCAGACAGGACCUCGGGAUGGGAGCAGGCAGGUUUUCCUGUGCAGUAACAGCAGCACAGCCAAGCACACAGUGAUGCAGCUCUGUCGCAGAAUAGGCUUCGUCCCCGUCGACAUGGGCCUCCUCUCCUCCUCCAGGAACGUUGAAAACCUUCCCCUUUAUUUAUUCCCCUGCUGGCGCAUCCCCAUCUUCUGCACCCUGUCCCUGUUCGCAUUCUUCUACCUGUACAACUUCACCCGGGAUGUCCUGCAGCCCUACAUAACCGCAAAGAAGAAUGUUUUCUACAAAAUGCCCGUCGAGACUGUGAACGUCUCUCUCCCCUCUGUUGCCUUGGUGAUGCUCGCGCUGGUCUACCUGCCGGGCGUCAUUGCCGCUUUCCUGCAGCUGUGGUGGGGCACCAAGUACAAGCGCUUCCCAAAGUGGUUGGACCGAUGGCUGACUGGGAGGAAGCAGCUCGGGUUGUGUAGCUUCCUGUGUGCUGUCCUGCAUGCCGUCUACAGUCUGUGUCUCCCCAUGAGGAAGUCUGCCCGCUACAAACUCAUCAACCUCGCUUUCAAACAGGUCACUAACAAGGUGGAGUACUCGUGGGUGGAAAAGGAGGUGUGGAGGAUGGAGUUGUACCUCUCAGCGGGCAUCAUGGCCCUGGGGCUGCUCUCCUUGCUGGCGGUCACUUCACUGCCCUCAGUGUCCAACACGGUCAACUGGAGAGAGUUCAGCUUCAUACAGUCCACACUAGGUUACACCGCCUUGAUCAUGGCCACCCUCCACACACUCCUCUAUGGCUGGGACCACGCCUUCGAUCCAGCCCAGUACCGCUUCAACCUGCCUCCUACGUUCAUGCUGGUCCUGAUUCUUCCCGCCGUGGUCCUCCUGGGUCGCCUGGCUCUGUUGGUGCCCUGCGUGGCUCGCCGACUGAGACAGAUCCGCCGUGGCUGGGAGAAGAGCCGACACAUCCGCUUCAUCCUGCCGGAGGACGUCUGCCACAACGGGCUGGAGGACGUCAGUAAUGUUGGUUCAUUUGAAAAAGCAGUGGAGGAGGUGAAGAUCCUGAAAACAAAGCCACACUACGGAGAGAUCGCAGAGAUUUACGGCUUAUACAAACAAGCUACCGUCGGUGACGUCAACAUAUCGCGUCCGGGGAUUUUUGACUUCCCAGGACAGAAAAAGUGGGAUGCAUGGAAUUGCAAAAAAGGUCUGUCCAAAGAUGAAGCCAUGGCUGCAUAUGUUGUUUGGGUGGAGAACCUGAAGAAAAAAUAUGGUAUAUAGGGUCUAUUUGUCAGAAAUGCAUUGUACAGUAUCAAUAAAGCUUUGCUAUACACCAUUAGUCA